AUGGUUGUACACCCGGAUCUCAACAGAACAGGGUACCGAGUCAUGCAUGGUACUUCAGAGUCUUUUAAAAACCCGUCUUCACAGAUCGUUCACAGAACGGAACAGACCAUCAAAUUAAGAACUCAUUCUCAGGCAUUUCUACCUACUGGUGAAACUGUCAUGGCGGACGUGCAUUUUAUCGUCAUGUUUCUCUUACCAUCAUUUGUGUAUAUGCAUGGCGUGUCUACUCAAGAUGCAAGAAUUGUCAACCAUUGGAAAUCCGUGAAUUAUUCUUGGCCGAACGAAUCUGUCAAACAAAACUACAUAAUGAAGAAGAAAUUCAUUGUUGAAAAUAAUAUUAUUUCUGGAAUUAAGGUCUUGGAUGGAAACGUUUACGUCACCGUUCCCAGAUGGAGGCCGGGUGUCCCAUCAACGCUGAACAAGGUCAUUACCGACCCUACAAAUACAGAAGAAAGUAUUUUGGAACCAUACCCUAACUGGGAAAUGCAGACAUUGGGAGACUGCAAUGCCCUCCAGUAUGCUCAGAGCAUGGAAGUUUAUCCUAACACAGGGUACAUGUGGAUAAUAGAUGUUGGACGUACGGACACCCAAACGGAUCAUCCACAAAACCUAUGUCCAGCAAAACUCAUCAUCUACGACGUCCGAAAUGACAAGCUAGUUCACGUGCACGAGUUCCCCGAUGCCGUCGUGCCUAGAACGUCUAAUUUUCUGAACGAUAUUGUUUUAGAUUACGUUAAUGGCGUCGCUUCUUUUGCGUACAUAACUGAUUCUGCCGCCGCCAAGCUGAUUGUGUACGACCAUGAGAGGGAUGUGUCUUAUUUCUUCAAACAUCCAUCAAUGGAAGUAGAAGAAGGUGCCGAAUCGAUUUUAGUCGGUGACAAUAAUUUAACGAUGAGAGUCCAUAUCAAUGGAAUUGCCAUGAGCUAUGACUUCCGGUUCGUCUACUUCUGCGCGUUGAAUGCCUAUUCACUGUACAGGGUGCCGACGAAUGUGCUUAGAAACCAACCAUCAACCUUCUCUGUGGAAACAGUCGGUCAGAGAAAUGAUCUAACUGGCGGGAUGGUGGCUACAGAUAAGGCUUUGUAUUACGGUGGACUGACCAAGCAUGCUGUCAAUAAGUGGCCGUUUUCUCAGAACAGUACCGAAAUGUUAGUCAUCUCCAAUGACACUAGUCUUCGUUGGGUAGAUUCCUUCGCCAUGGACGACCAAGGGAAUCUUUGGCUGGUUGCUAACGGCUUAGAUUUAUUUCUGACAGGAAGAAUGGAUUUUACGAAGACCAACAUGUACAUCUGGAAAAUACCUGUUGGAGAAAAUGGGUACCUAUCUACUGCAAAAUUGCGGACAGCAGCAAACAUUCAUGGCAAUGGAAAUAUGGUGAUUGGUUAG